AUGGUAUCGCGAAAGCGCACCCGCUCCGAGGUGGACGCUGCCCCGGAGCAGCCACCUGAGGAGCCGGGCUUACUUCAACAGCUUCGGAACUGCUGGGAGUUUGCGAGUCUGAUGCAAUACAUUGCCAUAUUUGGUAAACUCAUGAAGAUUGACGAGGAUUUUGGGAUUGAGGAUUUGGAAACUGAGUGUCUUAAGCCUACCCCUUCGGAGAAACUGCUGGAGAUCGGACUCUGUCUUUUGAAAUGGGUCUCGUCGCAUCGGGGCCUUACUUUCGACAACUUUGAUGAAUAUACGCGACGCCAGUACAAUGCCAAAGCACCGCAUAUUCCCAACCCUUUCGGGUAUGAGGAAGUUCCGAACAGAUUCCUCGAUUUUGAUGUCUUCCUGAAAUUGCGCGUCUUGCACCAGCUAUCCAUUUGGACAUUCUGGAAUCUCGAUCGCAUUCGCGAAAAGAUGCCGGAGCAGAGGGAGUUGGAUCAAACGCAGUGGCGCAUUGAGGAAGUAGGUUACGAUCGCGAAGGUCGCUACUACUAUAUCCUCGACGACAAUAGACUCUAUCGUCGCACCGACCCCCCUAUUCCCCCUCCAAAACCGGCUAAGUCGAAGUCGAGAAGAAAAAGCGCUCGCGCCAUGAGAGCAUCGAAACGGAGAAAGGUUACAGGAGCAGAUCCUAUCGAAGAGUCUGAUGGAGAGAACAAUGUUAACGGCGAUGCCACAGAGGACCCUUUCGAAGCGAUGACGUGGGAAUGUAUUGCUGUCACACUUGAGGAUUACCAGCAGUUCCUGGAGUCGAUUCGGAAGACUAGGGAUCCUGAUGAGAAGAUUCUGAGAGAUAGGAUUGACGAACAAGUCAUGCCUAUUAUUGAGAAGGAAGAGGAAGCCCAGCAGCGGCAGAAACAGAAGCGCGAGAAAGAGCUUCUUAACAUGCAGCUGCUGGCUGGCGCUAAACGAUCUAGUCGCCUCGCUGGAAAAGCUGAGAAAGAGCGCCAGGAACGUGAGGCCGCUGAAGCAACCCGUAAGCGCGAGACAGAACUGGCUGCAGCUCUGAAGGAGGACGAAAGGGUGAAGAAGCUUGAGACAGAAAGACGCUCGCGCAUCAUGACCCGGGAACAACGUAUCAAAGACCGCGAGAGGAAGCGGAUACUGCAUGAAAACGAGCUUCAGCGCAUCCAAGAAGAGCAGGAGAAGGUUGCCAGGGGUGAAAGCAGAGCUUCCGAGAGGCAUCUUCAAGCGGAGAUGGAGAGAUACCGCAAGAACUUGGAAGACCUCUCGCAAGAGGACCAAUGGAUCUUCGACUGCUCCGGCUGUGGUGUGCAUGGGCAAAACCUGGACGAUGGUUCCCACAGUGUUGCAUGCGAGAACUGCAAUGUGUGGCAACACAGCAAAUGCCUCGGAAUCCGCAAGGACGAGGCAGAAAGAGAGGACUUUCAUUUUGUUUGCGAAGACUGCAAACGGCGUGAGGAGGAAGCCAAAAUGCCCAAAAUCCCGCCGUUGAAAUUCCGCGUCGGCUCAACGUCGCCAUCCUCGACGGCUGUCGAGGGAGACGCGAAGAUCAAAAGUCCAGACGUGGAACAAUCUCCUACACCACCCAUCAAAGAACCUCAGCACGCCUUCCAGUUGCCGUCCAUCGGGUCUCCGCACAAGCCAUCACUCCCCCCCGCCUCCUCCCAAAACCCCUCUCAAGUUGUUUCUUUCCCUCCUCCAUCACCCGAGCGCCGGCCACAGUCUGCACACACGACGUCAUUCAGCCCUCCUCGAGCUCCAUUUUCUCCGUCAAAGGGCGCAAAUGGCUUCACCCCGUCGUCCAAGGAGCAGAUACCGAAGCUCCCUUCCAUCCAUCAAGCAAUGCAUCUACCGCCUCACGGUGGCGACUCCUUCAAUGGCUCCUUUCCUGCGCGACGACCGUCGUCCUCACACUCUGUGCGGAGUCCAACUUUGCCCUCUCCUAUCCAGAACCGUCCUUCCAUGUCUCCAACUCAGGGCAAUCGAGACGUUGGCCCGCUUGCAGGGUUUCCGCCUGUAGCUUCGUCAGAUCACCCCGCCCCAUGGACGCCGUACGGUCAACAUCAAACCCCACGUCCAAACACGGGCAAUCACGCUUCCUUCUCUUUACCCAAUGGGCGUCCGUCAUUGAUGGCUACCCCAACUACUAGUCGGUCCUCGCCUCCACAUAGUUCCCACGGUAUACCAUUUUCCGGAAUCAGUCCGACCAAGCAAUCCCCCCGACCUAUGACUUCCGGCAGUGUCACAGGUGCUCCUGUUCUUCCUCCGAUUCAAAAGCUCGAGCCGAGUCCUAAAUUGAUGGGCCGAAGCUCACCGGACGCGCCGAUUCCGCCGCCGGUGAAAUGUAUGACGCCUGAGCAAGAAGAGCGCAGACAGAGAGAGAACGCCAUGCUGCAGGCCCAAUUGCAUGGGACUAACGGUCAGUCAUCGGUGAUGUCGUCACCAUCUCUCAACCGUAUACCACCUUUAGGGCCGUCUGCGGUUGCUCAACAACCUGCUCCGUCCCCUCCGGCCGGUCCGAAAUGA